GCUCCGUCCUGCGCAGUGACCGGCCCACAGUGAAGCUCCUGAGCGGAUUAGACAGUUCCGUCGUGCCCCCUCCCCUUCGGUCUUACCCGCGUUAAUAUCUCAUAACACAUCUGUUUCAGACUUUGACGGUGCCGUUUAUUUUGAAAUACAGCACCUGACAGCGCUGAAGUUUCGAUGAAGUAGUAGAAAUAAGAGCGUGUUUGCUUCUUUUCUCUCCUCACACAGUUCGGCUCCGUUUCCUCUGGAGGUUUUCUGACCGGUGAGCUUGUUAGCUGGUUAGCUGGUGUAUCUAAGUAACGGUACCUGCCAACAGACUAAUAACGGCUAAAAACCGUCACUCUGCUUCAGGCGGUUUUUCUGGGUUCACUAUUAAAGGGUCUGAGCUUAUACAAAAACUCUUGUAUCUGUCUUAAAUAAAGGGCCAAAGUCGAUAGAGGAGGGAGGGACGACUUUAAAGUAGUGAAUGAAGCGCUAAUGCUACAAACAGAGCGGCUCUCUGUGGCCUUAAGAGGCUUUUUUGCGGAUUUUCAUUGGGAAUGUUAAGUCGGAUUUAUUGAUACCUAACUGUUGUUUCAUUAUAAAUAAUUUGCGCCAGUUUGUACUGAAAUGAGAGACUUCAAUGACGAAUAUAUUAGUUUUAAUCUACAUUAAACAUUUACUUAGCAAACCUUUAAUAAAUAAACACAGACCGAUUUUAAGUACUGUCAGGUCAGACAGGUUUUAAGUCCUCUUAAAAUCAGUUUCGGCUCUCUGAAGUGCAUGAUAUUGAAGGUGUUCCUAAUAUUUUGACCCCCUCAUGUUUGUCAAUGAAGUGUAAAAAAAAAAUAUGAGGCACACUUUAUACACCUUAAAACAUACCCCAGUAAGCCUCUAAAGUCUAAUGAUCACCUGUCUUAUCAUGUCAACAAACAAACCUUUAAAUCCUGACAUUAGUAUUUAUGGUAAAGCUGUUGUUUUGGAUUGUGUGUAGCGGCGCAGAUGUUCAAAAUCUUAUGGCUGUCAUGUGUGUGGUUAAUAUUUAACAUUGGAGCUGUUCAGGAUUUGGUCUGUAAAAGUUAAGUAAUUAAACCUUUGGAUUGUCGUCUUCAGCUGAUUUAUGGAUGGCAUUCUCUAGAACAUGUUGAAAUAUUAAACCGUUUCAUCAAAUGUUCCUAAAACUGCUCAGAGCAAUGUUUUCUCAAUGGACUCAAUUCAUGUUUUUUUCUUUUUAAUCUGGUGUGUCUUCGUUGCAGAAUGGAGAAUCCAGAGUCCAGUCUGUCAUCAGGGCCCCUUGCAGUUCAAGACAGAGGCCCCGCACAGCCCUCAGCGCCCUCUGGUCAGCGGAGUGAGUCACCCAGGCCUUCCAAGCACAGGGAGCACCUUUCCAAGUCACCAAGGAGACGUAGGAAGGGGACCAAGUCGCAGCGACGGGGGGGCGGUCAUGAACAGCUGCUGUGGGAGAUCGAACGACGGAGGUUGCCAGGCCAACACGAGCACUUGGAGCCCUCUGGCUCGGCGAGCGACACAGCAGAAAGCUCUCCUAAGAGGUUUGCGCUGCGGGUUGCCAGCUGGUCCACCAUGCCACUGUUGCCCCUGACAUGAGGUGAUGGUGUCUUGACUCGCCACUUCUUUUUUUCCCUCCUCACAGGAGAGCACACUUUCUUCAUGGACCGUACCCAGCCACUCACUUCGGACCCAAAGCCUGUAUUCUUCCCAACCCAACUUCAGUCAUGUAAGCGUGAAAGAGCAGAGCUUUGUGUGUACAGACUAUACUUUGUUUGUAAUUGAGGCCGUUGACACAGACAAGCUUGUGUAACUUUGUUAGAUAAGAUAAAGAUGAGUAUGCUGUGAUUGGAUGUGACUUAAUAUGGGGUGGGUAACAGAAAAGACUACUGAUGCUUAAUGUCACUCAGACUCAUGACUGCUCGCUUGGACUUGAUCUGAAAACGUACACAAAAUGCCUGUUGUCAGCCGUGACAAGGAGGAAGUAGACAAACGGUAAAGAGAGAGCAUUGUUCCUUUUUUUCUGAUAGUUGGAGUUUGGACCUCACUCCUCUAGUAGUUUCAUAACAGCAGCAGCUGGUGAGAUUAAAUAUACCUUGUUGUUAAGAUGAGGUAAGACGUGUUAAACUGAAUUUAAGUUAUGAGAUUUUUCUGUUUAGGAGAUUUUGUUUACAAUGUAUUUUUUGUUUUUGAAUUUUUAUUUAUUUUUUAACACAUGUAGGAGUAAAUUUUUUGUUUGCUUACUCACCUGUGUAUCUUUUUCUAUGUCUUAGGCACAUCCAGGACCCAGCCAGCCAGCGGCUCACCUGGAAUAAACCUCCUGUUAAUGUGCUUGUCAUCAGGAAAAUCAGAGAUGAAAGCCUGGUUGAGCCUUUCAAAGAGCUCUGCAGGUUUCUAGUGGAGGUAAGAGAUCCCUUUACUCAUCCUAUAAUGUGAGGCUUUACUGUGUGAUGAAGAAGAGUGACUCUAACAGCGGGAAUACUGAAGAAAAAAGAUCCUGAGUCUUCUUGAUUUCUUGUAAUGCUCCAAGAGUUCUCUACGACAAUAUAUUGACUGUCUUUCUGCUCGUGAGAUAAGUGAGUCGAGCUCACAUCCAAAAUGCAAAACUUUUUGUUUCUUGUUUUUGUUUCUGUUUCAUUGAUUUUUUUUUCUCUCAGCUGUCAAAAAUAGUGUCAAUACUGAGUCAAAACAUCUGCAGAGCUACUGCGUGGCAAGUCAGUGUUGAUUAUGACAAACUGUUAGCCUUGAAAUAGAAAAAUCAAGAUUUACAGACACCACUAGGAAGACUGAGAAAAGCGAAAACAUGUAAAUGAACCUUUUCAACAUUUACAGAAGUUGUCUGUGGUGGUCGUGUCUGCAGUUUUUUGAGAAGGCUGAGUACUAAUCCCUUAAAGUAAGAUCAUUUAAAUAAUUAAGAUAUUUACCUGCUUCACACGGAAAUGUAAGAUUGAAUAUAUUUUCAGUAAUGUUGCAUGCUGUCGCUUCUCGGAAUCUGAAGGUGUGAUAUUGCAACAGCAGAAUGUCUCCACAUGAGGCAGUUUGGUAAUUUCGGAAAGUUUCAAACAGGUUUCAAAUCUGUAUCUUCUUAUUGUUUCGGUUUGUGUUUCACUUAUUGCGUGAUCUGCUGCUUAUCUUGUUUAUUUAGAUUAAAUUAAGUUUAUCAGGAAGAGUUACUGUUAUUAACUGCUGUGAUGGAUGACAAAUGUUUGAGAAGAGAGAUUAGUUGGGUAACUGAAUUGACCCACUGAAAGUUUCCUUUGUAUUGUCUGACUUGACCUUUUUAAAUUGUAUUUUUAUGGAUAAAAAAUGUAAUAAUAAUAAUAAUAAUACAUUUUAUUUGCGGGCGCCUUUCAUGGCACUCAAGGACACUCAAAUCAAUAAAAAACACAUCAACACAACAAAGUUUCAAAUAAAAAAGUUGUAGAUCAGGACUCUGCAGCAGAACAUUUUGGAUUUUAUUCAGUGUAACCCCCAUGGAGGUUUGAGAUAACAUUUGAUGUCAACUACACGUCAUAACACUGUAUCUCAUUAUAUCAUAAUAUCAUAUUACAGUAUUGUCUUAAUCAUCGCCUUCUCAACCUGGGGCCUCCUAAGCUGAUCAAAGACAUCACUCUAUGUUCUGGGAAACUCUCAUCUUGGCAAGUAGGAUGUUGAAAGGGGAAGCAUGUAAAAAUUUCCGCUAUUGCUGUUCUGAGUGAAUUAAACCAGACAGUCAGUUUUAUUGACUGUCAUAGUUUUGUCUAUGGCAGCCGAUGUUGCUGCUGACAAAUGUAGUAGAUCACUGAGUCCAAGAACAAAAUAUUCCACAAAACAGUUGUUCUGGAGGGCAAACAGUCCAAAAAUCUGUAAAAAAUAAAGAAAAACAGAGGAAAUAACCCAGACCUGUGGAUUUCCAGCGGACUUUCAGCAGUUACCACACCUUUUAACCACUUCUUUGCAAAACCAGCCAUGCUUUGUGUAAUGAUGUACCACAGGCAGACAGAAAGGUCACGUGUUUGCAUUCCACACAGAUUUUGUCAUAAUUUAGAGCACGCAUUUUUGGCACGUACGCAACUUCAACUCAGACAGAGAACUUCUCAGAGGUGCCAGUGUGUGUUUGUGCUGUUGUCACUUAAGUGUGUCUCUGUGUGUCAGGAGAAGCAGAUGAUGGUGUAUGUGGAGCGCAGGGUGGCAGACGACGCUACGCUGUCCAAGGACGAGGCGUUCGGCUCCAUCCGGAAUCAGCUCUGCACCUUCAGAGAGGGUGAGACUCUUGAGGGUCAUACCGCCAUAGCUGGAAUUAGUGCUUCACUUAUGUGUGUGUGUGUUUUUUUUUUUAAUUCAAGAAGAAAAUGAUGCGGUCAUUGCUUCAGUGAAAUAUUCUGACAGAUUUGGUCCCCACCAAAUUCACAAACUUAGAUUUUUUUUCAUUAAAAAGAAUCUUGUUUUAUGUUUAUUUUGUAUUCUUGGUCACACAAUUUCAAUUAUUCUUCAACAUUAACAAAGGAUCAUGAAGCUGUCAGGUAUUGGUGGACAGAAACUGAAAUAAUCGUUUCACACAUAAUGUUAUCUAUCUAUUUAAUACAUGUAAGAUAUUCCUUUAUCAGUCCCACGGGAGGAAAUUCCCAAGUUUAUACAUAAUACCUGUUUGUAACUUACCAACUUCAAGGAUACAUCAUUAAAUAGUAAUGUUAUGUGCUGAUAAAAUAUGGUCUUAUUUAGAAAGUGCACACAGUGCUACACAGUAAGUAAGUAAAUAAGUAAACUUUAUUUGUAUAGCACUUUUCACAGGCAAAAGAGUCACAAAGUGCUUCACAUAGACAGAAAUAAAAAGAUGUACAUACAAAUUAAAAGGCCAAGACAACAACAUUUAAACAGUCAUAGUAGCCCCCAAAAAUAAUUAAACAAACGCCUGAGCAAAUAAAUAAGUUUUGAGUCUUCCUAACAUAAUGUCCCUCUGUGUCUGGUCACAUUUUCAGUUAGCAGAGCCAGCUCACUUCCUGUCUUUUCCUCUGAAUCUCACAUGACCUCAUAUUGUCUGAGCUGCUCAGAGAAUACACAGAGAUGCUCUUCAGGCUGCGACGGCUGGAGUUAUUGUAGUAGAACGUGAUUUUCUUUGUUUUUUCCUGUGCGGUGUUUUGUUUGGUUGCUAUCGGUCUCUCAGAUAAUCAUAUUCAUCCUCCUGACAGCAGACUGCAUGGAGCCCAGUUAGAUUGAAUACAUUGCUGUUUUGGUUUCCCCCUGCAGGAUAUGACGAUAUCUCUGACUGCAUAGACCUGAUCAUCUGUCUGGGGGGAGAUGGGACUCUGCUCUACGCUUCCUCUUUGUUCCAGGUACUUCCACUUGUGUCACUUUUUGAUCACAGAAACUCACUGUGAAGGAUAAGAUACAUCAAUACCUGACAUUAAAAAGAUGUGUUAUUAUAUUCUGUCACUCAAAAGCGUUUCUCUGUAGGUUGACUUUUGUGCUUUGUGUGUAAAGGAGUUUGUUGAUUUGCUGGUUAUGAAUCCAUAGAGUUUUAUGCCCAGACUGUUAUAUCCUUGUAGGGCAGCGUCCCUCCUGUUAUGGCGUUUCACCUCGGCUCUCUGGGUUUCCUGACUCCCUUCAAAUUUGAGUCCUACAAGACCGAAGUGGCUAAAGUGUUUGAAGGUAACCUGAAGCUUUAAAGUAAAUACUACGCUCAUGUUAACUGUUGUAGCCUUUAAAAUCGUAUGUUAGAGCUUCACGUGGGUUUGUCUGGACGUACAUUUCUUUAUGUAUGUUUCUAGGCAAUGCAGCCAUCACUCUGCGCAGUCGUCUGAAGGUGAAGGUGGUGAAGGACAUGCUCCAGAGAGAAGGUCAACAGCAGCAGCCGCAGCAGCAGCAACAACAACAACAACAGGAACAUAAUGGACUCCUUCCUCAUGGACAUACAAACAGUGAGGCUGGGAAGGUCACCCUGCAGCUACAGGUGAGAACAAAGAGAUUGUGUCUUGAUUGAACCUUCCAAGGAACAAGGAAAGAUGUAAACUCAAAGAGCUAACCUUGAGUCACCUCUCAGAGGUUUAACAGAGGAGUGCCAAUGAAAGUUCACCUGUUUAUUACAGCUUAGGUGUUAAGAUCAGGAAGUUAAUCUGUGAAUUCACAUCCAGUUCGCAAGAAACAAGUCCCAGCUUUCAGGAAGCACUUAAUGAUGAAUGUUGCCUCUUAGUCACCAGCCAAACUCACCUGGUUUACCUAAUAUCACACAGAACUGUUAAAUGUUGGUAAGAAUAAAAUAAACAGGUUGUAUUUUUUUUUUUUUACUCUAUUCAUUGUUUCCCAUAUUGCACUUUAAAAUGCAUGAAACAGCUCCAGGGGCAUCAGUCUCCCCUAAAAAGAGCUCAUUGACCAUGAUAAAAUCUGUGUAAUAUAAAUAAACACAGUGGUUUAAGGAUUUGGAAAGGCGCAUUGAAGCAAAAGCAUGUGAGAGAUGUAACUAUGUCAUGUUAAACCACAGUUAAGUCUGCGGGACAGCUGAAUGACCUCUGAGUAUUUAGAAUCUUUUUCCAUGUCUACAUUAAUUCACUGAUUCCAGACGUCACAGUGUGACUGUAAAAGUAAAAGACCAAAUAUGACAUGAAAAGCUCUUUGUGUUUUGGGUAAUUAAGAGUGAAAAUUGCGUCAAAAAUGAUGCACUUUAUCUUAAUCGGUUACAGGACUUCAUGGUUUCCAGAUGCAGUGGAAACACAAACAGACAUUUAAAAGGGAGACUUGUGGUUCUUGGUUUGGGUCUGGAGUUCAGUUCCUCUGAUGACUUCAUUUUAUCAUCUGUACUAUUUCCCAUGAACACCCUUUCCAUGCAGCUUAAAGAUGUCAAACGUGUUCCCUGUGUGUGCGCACACGUGUGCGCGUGUGUGUGUCCCAUUCUGUCAUCAUUGGCACGUUCAUGCGUCUUUACCUAUGAGUGAGCCGGGUUACCGUGGCAACAGUCAUAACAAAGCCGCAUAUAUUUGGUAAAAAAAGUUGAAUGUUGUUGGAGUUCUUCAGAGCUCAGUUGCCACGGAAACAGUGGCGUCAACAUAACUGUCUGUGCUGAAUGGAUAUGAGCUCUGGUGAGCUCUGACGCUUUUGGUCUGGUACACGGCGUAACAAAACAUCACGCCUCGGUGCUGCAGUCUCUCUCUCUCUCUCUCUCUCUCUCUCUCUCUCCUCCUUUCUCUCUCUCUUUUACACACACACACACACACACACACACACACACACACACACACACACACACACACACACACACACACAGAGUCAGUGCAGUGUUUUAUCGUCUCAUCGUAGAGAGACAACACGAGUUGAAGCUCGGUGACAUCACAUCUGCUGCAUCAAACAGGAUGUUUGCUUCCAGCUCAGCUGACGUCAGAACAUCUGGCCGACAUCACCGCUCACGCUGCAGCUCUCUGAGUAUCUGACUCAAGGGUGGAACAUGAUUUAAUGGCUGUCUGUCUGGGUGCCAAUUUCUUUCGCUGGAGUGUAGUCAUGUGAGAUUGUGAUGUUUCCGUGCAUCUGCAAUGAUGAAAUUGAGUUUCACAAAAUGACAUUUUGGAUACACUCUUUUUUUCACACCAGUGGAACUGCUGUGCAGUGAUUCUGCUGUUACCAUCACUGUGUUUUAAAAUGUCUGCUAAUUUGUCAUUAGCACAAAUACUCCUGAACUUUUUAUGAAUACAAUUUUAAUAGCUGCGGCUCAGUCACCUUUGUUUUGAGCUCUUUACAUCUGAGAGAAGUCCCAGCCCAUUUCUAGAAGAACCUUUUUUUAUUUGCCACACUCAGAGUUUCAGCUGUGGUCAUAUAAGGUCAAUAAAUAGACAACUGAACCUUCAUGUUUUUCAUGUUCUAGUUACCUGUGAACAGAUUCACAUAAGUGUGUAAAAAUAGGUGCAGCUUUCCGCCUACAGAGGGCGCUGCAGUAUUAUUUAAAUAAAGAUCAGUGGUCCUGGUUUAACAGUUUCAUGAUCUGAUCUGUCUUAGGAUAAAAUAUCUGUGAGCAGUUUUGUAUCUGAUCAAUCGGCCAAUCAGUUUCAAUAAAAAUGAAAUCUCAAACUGCAGCUUUACACUCUCAUAGUAAAUUCUUAAUCUUUGUGUGUGUGUGUGUGUGUGUGUGUGUGUGUGUGUGUGUGUGUGUGUGUGUGUGUGUGCGUGUACAGGUGUUAAAUGAAGUAGUGGUGGAUCGAGGCCCAUCCUCCUACCUGUCAAAUGUAGACCUGUAUCUGGAUGGACGACUCAUCACCUCAGUGCAGGGAGACGGUAACAUUUCAUCUUCCACAAACUGGUUUCCCUUUAAAUAACAAUAACAUGAACAGAAAGAAGAUAAGUUAUAUAAGUUCAGUAGAGUUCAUGUCUACCUCCUCCCCUUCUAUCCUGCAGGCGUGAUUGUGUCCACACCUACGGGCAGCACGGCGUAUGCAGCCGCAGCAGGAGCCUCAAUGAUCCACCCCAACGUUCCUGCCAUCAUGGUCACCCCCAUCUGCCCGCACUCGCUCUCCUUCAGGCCCAUCGUUGUCCCUGCUGGGGUGGAGCUCAUGGUGAGAAGUAGAGUCUGAAUAUUUAAGGAUGAUAACAGAUUUCAGAGGGGGAAAUCAUUUAGUGUAUUGUGUAAAAGUACCCAUGAUUUUUAUUUGCCUUUGACAGUAAAUCUAGUUUUGACUCUUUCUUUCUAUGACUUGAACAGUUGAAAUCCUUGAGAGGUUCUCCCUGUUAUAAGUCUCUCUGUUCUUGAUGACCUGGCCUUUCAUCAAGUUUCCAUGUUAAUAUGUGACAGACUCAUGGCACCAUAUGUGCCCGUGUUUUUAGGUACAGUAGUGUUCAAGGCCGUCGCUCUCACAGUGAAGGUACUGUUUUGUACUUGAACUGAGGACACAUUACCUAAUCAGUUAUAUAGACUUCCUGUCUCAUACAUUGUGUUGACACACUAACUUUUUAGCUCUAUGCUAGCAUAGAGACAGAGACAUGCCAGUCUGCAGCUGGUCUUUGGGUUUGUUGGUCUUGCUGAAAAACUAAUGUAUGGAUUUCCAUGGAAUUCCCAUUAUUCCUCGUAGGUAUGGGAAUCAAGAUGCAAUAUGAUGAAUGUAACAUUUUCCACACCACCAUAAUAUCCCUUUUAUCAAUUAUCAUUUGAAAUAACAGCAUUUGGCAGCAAGAACAUGAUCUUUUCUCUGCAUGAGCGAGGACAAUAAUAAACUCUCAUAGCAUUAUUUAAUCACAGCCCUCUUUUCAUGUGACUUUCUGGAUCAGCUUCAUGAUGAGCUGUUAUAACUAAGAGAAGCCCUUAAGAUCGAACUCCGUCAUCAUUUUCAUUUUAAAACCCACGACUCAAAGACUCAUCACUCGUGGCAGCUGCAGAAAAGGAUAUGAUGAAAUGAAAAGCGGUAUGAUUUGGAGCGGGAUUUAUCGUGAAUAUAUUAGUGUCGCCUUUGUGAGCCUGCAAGUGCACUGGUGUUAACAUUUAGCCUGUAGUCACUAUCCAUUCCUCUUUGAAACAGAUUACACUGUCCCCUGAUGCCAGAAACACCGCCUGGGUGUCAUUUGACGGCAGGAAGAGACAGGAGAUCCAACAUGGAGACUGGUACAUUAACAGACAUUAUCACCCGCUGCUUUAUUUUACAGACAUCUCGUCCUUCAAUUAAGGAUUAACAAUGCUUCAUUUUUGUGUCUUGCAGCAUUAAGAUCACCACUUCCUGUUACCCAGUGCCGUCCAUCUGUUGCCACGACCUGGUGUACGACUGGUUCGAGAGCCUGGCUCAGUGUUUGCACUGGAACGUACGCAAGAGGCAGGCGAGACUGGCCGAUGUCUCUGACUCAUCAGACACCGAAAAUUGAAAUUUUCUGCUCUCCGUGUUAAUCAGGUCACCCUGCAGUCAUGCUCUCUCACACUUUUAAGACUCUGAGAAGUAGAGCACGUGUGUCUAAAGUUAAACAGUGUUAUAUCAGCGUCAUGGGCAGCAUGUGCGGUGAGCACAGUGGGCCAGCGCCUGUAGUAUUUCAUGGAUGUGAGAGAGCAGCUCAUUACAUUCCAUUAACCUUAAACACGUUGUUAUUUAUGUGUCCUCUAGGGGGAGUAGAUGCUUCACUGAGAAAUGAAAAAAAAAAAAAACUGCAGUGGUUUCAAUUUGAAUUUAAUCAAGUCAAAGAUUUUUGAACUUGAAGCACUUUAUCAUCUUUGUGAUGAUCAGUGUGAGCUUUAGGCUUUUCUAGCAUACUUGCAAAUAAAAGGUAGAAAAAAUAAUAUAAGAUGUGUACAUACAGAAUGAUAGGAACAUUUAUUUAAUGUCAUUUAUGUGAUAUUUAUAUAUUUUCAUCAUGUAGGCUCUAAAAGACUUUAUUUCUACUUCUGUGUCAGCCACCAACUUCUUCAGUGUAUGUAAAUGUUCUGUAUCAACAUCCAGAGCAAACUUUCUGUAACUCCAAACAGCAGCUGUGAACGGUUUUAUUUAUUUUCACCAUGUUUUCACCACUUUUCACCACUUUUUCUGCAUCAGUUCAAGCUUCAAGUCAAGACAGCAUGAUGUGAAUCGAAAGAGUCAGAGUAAACUGUGAUGGGUCAUGCUGUUUUUCAUCAUUAAUCAUUAAUAAACUGUUUAAGUGACAUUAUCAAAUAUAUUU